AUGUCUUCCACAGCAAUCACUAAUGUCCGCGUUUUUGAUGGCGAAAACAUCCACCCGUCUACGACGGUGGUCAUAUCCGACACAACGAUAACUAGUGUGGGAGGGAUUGUCCCUGAUGGAGCCGCAGUCGUCGACGGCAAAGGAUGUACGCUGUUACCGGGACUCAUUGACUCUCACGUUCACACGGGAAUUCCACAAUUGGAGCUUGCUCUCAGAUUUGGGGUGACGACCGAGUUAGAGAUGAUGGGGCAUUGGACCCCCGACCAGCGGAGCGAAAUCUCGGAGCGAGACGACCUUGCUGAUCUACGUACUGCGAACUAUGGCGUGACACCACCCGAUGGCCAUCCUAGCCAAUUGACGAAAAACCUGGACCCGCCGGUUCCUCACCCAAAUCAUUCUUACGGGUCGACCAAUGAACCAAUGCUCACAAACGCUCGAACAACAGAUGAGGCGAUCGCGUUUGUGAAGCAGCGUGUCAAGGAAGGCGCGGACUACAUUAAAAUCAUGAUCGAAGAAGGUUCGGUCUUUCAAUCCCCAGGUCUCCCAAUGUUGUCCCAGGAGACAAUAUUGGCGGCGGUUCAAGAAGCACAUAAUCACAAUAAGUUAGCAAUCGCGCAUGCCAUGACUUAUGAUGCUACAGAAGUAGCCGCUAGAGCGGGGAUCGAUGGACUGGCUCAUCUGUUUAUCGACCGUGGUGCCGAUUCCAACAUCGCGAAGAAACUGACAGGCAUAUUCAUCACACCUUGCCUCUGCCUCAACGCUUCAAUCUUAGGGAAGAAGCCUACAGAUUUUGCUGCGGAUCCUCGAGUGUCUGCAAAGCUCCCUCCAGUUUGGCUUACUCACCUCGAAGGCAGCAUGGACACAUAUCCUGACGGCGAUUUUGACGUCGUGCUAAAGACUGUGGCAGACCUCCGUAAGGCCGGAAUCGACAUUCUGGUCGGCACAGACAGCUCUUUCCCGGUGCCUCGCCUUGCUGGUAUUGCUCAUGGUGCCAGUGUGCAUCACGAAUUACAGCUUUUAGUGCAGUCUGGUUUCACGCCAACCGAGGCGUUACGUGCGGCAACAAGUGUACCAGCUCGUUGCUUCGGCCUGACUGACCGAGGACGAAUCCAAGAGGGACUACGCGCAGACUUACUGCUUGUACAAGGGGAUCCAACGAGCGACAUUCGAAGCACAUUAUCUAUUAGAUCUAUCUGGAGACGCGGUUCUCAAUUAUCCUCUGCCUCAUAA